AUGGCCCGGAAUGGCCAGGGAGGCUUCACUGCAGAGGAGAGAGAGCACGGUCUUGUCUGGUCUCAGCCGGUCUGGACCAGUCUGGGCCGCUCUCAGCCGAAUGCUAGCAUUGCAGUGGAGAUCAACAGCCCCUGGCCCCAUAACUUCUUUGUGUGUGUAAGGAGCUGUUCCGUGGAGGACAGAUCCGUCUUCUCAAAGCCCAGUGGGGAGGCGAAUGCUAGCAUUGCAGUGGAAAUCAACAGCCCCCGGCCCCAUAACUUCUUUGUGUGUGUAAGGAGCCGUUCCGAGGAGGACAGAUCCGUCUUCUCAAAGCCCAGUGGGGAGGCAGUGCGGGUUGCAGAAGUUUUACAAGUACCUCCAAUGAGAGUAUAUGAAGUAGCAACUUUUUAUACAAUGUAUAAUCGAAAGCCAGUUGGAAAAUAUCACAUUCAGGUCUGCACUACUACCCCUUGCAGGCUUGGAAACUCUGACAGCAUCCUGGAAGCAAUUCAGAAAAAGCUUGGAAUAAAGGUUGGGGAGACUACACCUGACAAACUUUUCACUCUUAUAGAGGUGGAAUGUCUAGGGGCCUGUGUAAAUGCACCCAUGGUUCAAAUAAAUGAGAACUAUUAUAAGGAUCUGACGCCUAAGGAUAUUGAUGAUAUUAUUGAUGAGAUUAAGGCUGGCAAAAUUCCAAAACCCAGGCCUAGGAGUGGGCACUUCUCCUGUGAGUCAGCUGGAGGUCUUACCUCUUUGACUGAACCACCCAAAGGACCUGGCUUUGGUGUGCAAGCAGGCCUUUAACUUUCAUUUACCUGUAAAUAUGUCUCUGGAGAAAUAAAAUAUGAACUUCCUAUCUAUAUAAACUUUUUAUAUUAUUUGUUAAUUCUAUGCUGUGCACAUCUUGUGGUA